UCAUGUUCCCUGUAGCAGGCAGUAUUGGCCCUCCUCAAGGUUUGAUUCCCAUGCAACAGCAAAGUUUUCCAAUGGUGUCCGUCAUGCAAUCCAAUAUGCCAGGCAUGAUGGGAAUGAAUUAUGGCUCUCAGAUGCCUCCUGGACCUAUGACCAUGCAGGGUGGCAUGCCCCUAGGACCUAUGUCAGCAACUGGAAUGCCUUACAUGGGACAGGCUCCUUUCUUAGGAAUGCGUCCAGCUGCUCCACAAUACACCCCUGACAUGCAGAAACAAUUUGCAGAAGAACAACAGAAAAGAUUUGAGCACCAGCAAAAAUUCUUGGAAGAAGAAAGAAAACGACGCCAAUUUGAAGAGCAGAAACAAAAGUUGAGACUCCUAAGCAGUGUAAAACCGAAGGCAGGUGAGAAGAGCCGAGAUGAUGCUUUGGAAGCCAUUAAAGGAAACUUAGAUGGGUUUUCCAGAGAUGCUAAAAUGCACCCCACUCCAGCAUCACAUCCCAAAAAGCCAGAUCACCCCUCACCAUCCCAUCCUACUGUAACUGUCUCUCAACCCUCUGCUUUUCUUGAUGAUGAUGAAUUUAGUGACUUUAUACAAGGGCCCGUUGAAGCCCCAGCACUGGUGCCUCAACCCUCUUCCCAGCCUUUUCAGUCUUUCCAGCCUACCACUGAAGGUGGGCAGCUGCUUUCAGAAAAGGCUGUGGUCCAACUUCUCCCUUCAGUCCAGCUUCCAGUGUCAUCCGUCCUGCAUGGUACCAUUGGGCAGGUUCCUUAUUUCUCUACCUCUUCAUCUUCACUCAAUACCCAUAAAACAGGCUCUUCCUUGGAGGAGAAGCUCUUAACUUAUGAUUUAAAUGAAUCUGGACAGGCUCAAAGCAAACUAAAACCAUCUGAAGUUGGGCACAAAGCUGCAACCUCAGCUGCAAGCCAAGUUCCUCCCAGUUUAAUUGUGAAUAGCAGGGAUACUGUAGGUGGAUGUGGAAGUGGUACCACUGCUACAGAGGCACCCAAGGCUUCAGAACAAAACAUAGCAGUUGAAGAGUGUGGUGUUGGAGUGUUCCCUUCACAGGAGCCAAUCCAGCAGAUAAUGCCACCUUGGAUUUACAAUGAUAACGUGGUUCCAGAAUUAUAUAAGAAAAUUUUAGAAAACACUAUGACUGCUACUGGAAUAGAUACUGCUAAACUCUAUCCCAUUUUGAUGUCAUCUGGACUUCCCAGAGAAACCCUUGGACAAAUAUGGGCGUUAGCCAAUCGUACCACACCUGGGAAACUUACAAAAGAAGAACUUUAUACUGUCCUGGCUAUGAUUGCAGUAACUCAGAGAGGAGUACCUGCAAUGAGUCCUGACGUUUUAAACCAAUUUCCAACUGCCCCUGUCCCUACUCUAAGUGGAUUUCCAAUUUCAUUACCUGCUACAGUGAGUCAGCAGCCUAUGAUGCCCUCUGGACCACCAGUCUCCAUGCCUCUGAACAUUGGACAGGCAGUCAUAGGAUUAAACAUAACAACACCAGUGGGUGGAGCUACAACACAGGUUUCUAGUAGUUUCAUGCCAUCUUACCCUACAAAUCAGGUAGUAAAACCAGAAGACGACGACUUCCAGGAUUUUCAAGAUGCUUCAAAGUCUGGCUCACUUGAUGAGUCUUUCACUGACUUCCAAGGGGAGGUACCUGGAUCAUCCAAACCCACCAGUUCUCAGCACCGGAGCAGUGUUCCUUCUUUGCUAAUGCCACUAUCUGGCACUAAAACACCUUCUUCAACUGAUAAAUACGCUGUGUUUAAAGGAAUUGCUGUUGAUAAGCCUUCUGAAAGUGCAGCUACACUUGGAGAUGGUGGAGACAAGUACAGUGCUUUCCGAGAAUUAGAACAGCCGUCAGAGAGUAAAUACCUAGGAGGAGAUAGCUUUGCAGAAUUCAAAUCUGCAGGAACCGAUGAUGGAUUCACAGAUUUCAAAACCGCUGACAGCAUCUCACCACUAGACCCAUCUGCAAAAGAGAAAACUUUCCCUCCAUCCUUCUCUUCCCUUCCUAUCCAGUCAAAGCAACAAGCGCAAGCAAAACCGUCUCUGAAUCUGGAAGACCUAGAUCUCUUUUCCUCCCCUGGAGAGAACAAAACGCUUCCAUUUCCACCUGCCUUUAGUUCUUCAAAAUCAGCCUCUUUCCCUGCACCACCACCUCCAACAUCUACCACUCAACUAGCACCCAGUAAAAGCUCAAGCGUGGCUGAUGACUUUGGAGAGUUCAACCUUUUUGGAGGGUUUCCAAAUUGUGCAUCAGCUGGGGCACAAGAUGAUUUUGCGGAUUUUAUGGCGUUCAAUAACAGUAGUGGCUUUUCUGAACAAAAAACAGAUGACAAAUACAAUGCUCUAAAACAAGACACCAGUCCUGGUCCUUCAACAAGUUCUUCUCUGAGUGCGAUGAAGGCUGGGCAGAAUUGUGCUGCUGCUCCCACUAAAUAUGAUAUCUUCAAGCAGCUUUCUCUGGAGGGUGCUGGCUUGGGCUUUGAGGAGCUGAAAGACAACACCCCUUCUUCUGUGAAAAGUGAUGACGACUUUGCUGAUUUCCACUCUAACAAGUUUUCUUCCACGUGCAGUAAUGCCGAUAAAUCCUUGGUAGACAAAGUAGCAGCAUUCAAACAGGCUAAAGAAGACUCUGCUUCUGUCAAGUCUCUGGAUCUCCCUUCCAUUGGUGGCAGCAGCGUGGGCAAGGAGGACUCUGAAGACGCCCUUUCUGUUCAGUUUGACAUGAAACUGGCUGAUGUGGGAGGAGAUCUUAAGCAUGUCAUGUCUGAUAGCUCUUUGGAUUUGCCAACAGUUAGUGGCCAGCACCCUCCAGCAGCAGAUAUAGAUGACUUAAAAUGUGCCCAGUUUGGAAACUAUAACAGCGGCUCUGCGGUAAGCAGCCUUGCAAGCUAUGAGUGGCCAGACAAAGAAGACAUUCCUCAGAGCAAGAAGCCCUCUUCCUUUAGCCCAGGGAGUGGAUUCUCCUCAGCUACCUCAGUUCUACAGAAGAAGGAGACUUUGUUUGGCAGUUCAGAAAACAUUACCAUGACGACAGUUUCCAAAGUGACCACCUUUUUUAGCGAGGAAGCUUUACAGGACGUUGCGUUCGCAGCCUUUGCAAACUUUAAAGAACCUGGCCUUACAUCCAGUGGUCAGGGUGAUGAUGAUGUUGGAGACUUUGGAGACUUUGCAAGGCCGUUAUCAGAAGUGCAGGAUACAGCAGCAGUUGAUGGAAGCCAAGAGGUUGACUUAGCCACCAGUGGCAUCUCCUCUGAGCCACCAAAAGAGUGCACAGAUGACUUCGGAGAAUUUCAAAGCGAAAAGCCUAAAAUCAGCAAAUUUGACUUCUUGGUGGCCACGUCACAAGGCAAGGUGAAAUCUAGUGAAGAAAUGAUCAAGAGUGAACUUGCUACCUUUGACCUCUCUGUUCAAGGGUCUCAUAAAAGGAGCUUGAGUCUAGGUGACAGGGAGAUAAGCCGCUCUUCCCCAUCACCAGCUUUGGAGCAACCAUUUAGAGAUCGCUCCAAUACUCUGAGUGAGAAGCCUGCUUUGCCUGUCAUCAGAGACAAAUACAAAGACCUCACAGGGGAAGUAGAGGAAAGUGAGAGAUAUGCAUAUGAGUGGCAGAGAUGCCUGGAAAGUGCUCUACAAGUCAUUAAGAAGGCAAAUGACACCCUAAACGGAAUCAGUAGUUCAUCUGUUUGCACUGAAGUAAUCCAAUCGGCGCAAGGCAUGGAAUAUUUAUUAGGGGUUGUCGAGGUCUAUAGAGUGACCAAACGAGUUGAACUGGGUAUCAAGGCUACGGCCGUGUGCAGUGAGAAACUCCAACAGCUUCUGAAAGAUAUUGAUAAACUGUGGAACAACCUAAUAAGCUUCAUGUCGCUUGCUGCUUUAACGCCGGAUGAAAACUCAUUGGAUUUCUCUUCUUGUAUGCUGCGUCCAGGCAUUAAAAACGCCCAAGACCUUGCUUGUGGGGUGUGCCUCUUGAAUGUAGAUUCUAGAAGUAAAAAAGAAGAGAAGCCUGUGGAGGAGCAUCCUAGAAAAGCCUUUAAUUCGGAAACGGAUAACUUUAAACUGGCUUAUGGUGGGCACCAGUACCAUGCGAGCUGUGCAAACUUCUGGAUCAAUUGUGUGGAGCCGAAACCUCCAGGCCUUAUUUUGCCAGACCUGCUUUGAAAGGACUUGUGCUGAAGACAAACUGUCAGACUGGAGUGACACAUGACCCUUGGAUUAUUGAUGUGAGGGGACAAGCAUGAAGGCUUUUGGAAGCAGUGGGUGGCAUUUUUUGAAAUGUUCAUUUUUGCAAUCUUCUUGCACUCCAGUAGGUCAAAGCCACUCUAACACAUUCCCAUGUGAAUUUCCCUAGCAAGUUUGAGCCGUGAUUUGAGGUUUCCAGGAAUAACCAGAGAAAUGUGUGCACUGUGGCACAAAACAUGUCAUUUCAGUCUCCCAAGCUGAGGUUGGUUGGCACUGAUAGCAGACCGCUUUGCUGAUCAUGAUAAAUCAACCUGUGAGGUAAAACAGUUCUUGCCACUUCAGAGAGAGAGCAGAAAUACUAGGCUGUGUGCAUUUACGCAGAAGAACCACCCCUGAGGCACAUAUUUGAAAUGUGUAUUUGCAAGUUAACCUUUCCUUUGCUAAUAUUUUUAACAUGUGGACCAAGAUGUUCUUUCUCUAACUUAUUUGCUGCUACAUAUUACAAUGCACAAGUGUCAGUAAUAUUCAAGGAGAUGGAAGUUACUGACUUGGAAGGAAUCAGAUUGUUAGACUGCAAUGAGCCAUUGUUAAUUUAUAGAAUUAUGGAUUCUGUAUAAUAAUACAUGUUAGUCAUAUACUUAGCUGGCUAAUAUUUAGGAAAAACUGGAAAUACAAUUAUUGUAUGUUUGAAUUCUUUUACCCUGUCUUUAGGCUUUAUUACAGGCAGUUGGAUUUUAAACCUUGUGGUCUUUCCUACUCUAUUGUAAAUACUAGACAUCCCCCUAAGACUUUUCCUAGAACUGCAGGUGGAAGGGGAUAUAUUUUCAAAAAGAUGCAUUAUGAAUUUAGCUCAUCUCCCUUAUUAUAUAACUGCACAGCAACAUCACUGCACAUAAUGGUGAAAUUCCUGCCCAACGGCUAUCAAAUGUCUGUUGCUAUGUCUUUUACUCUUUGCUGUAAAUGAACGUGUGUUUCUUGAUGGGACUCCUCUUGGCUUAUGUAAUCAAAUAUUGUCUGUUAAGGCUGUUUGCCAAACUCACUAAACUGACAGGACCUGUUUCCCCCGAGUUCAGCGUUCAGAUAGGCGCUGGCUUUUUCAUCCUGGGAGUCGGGCGUUCCAGCACUGUGCUAGUACCAAGGACAGUGGCGCUCAAGGCAAGUGUUCCUAACUGGACAGUAAGAGGUUAGUGUCUCCAGCUGUCACAAAAAGCUACUCUCAAACCUAGAAGUUUGCAAUUCCCCCCCACCCUUCAGAUUCAACUUUAUGACAACAGUGUAAAAUAUGAAUAUAAAACAGGUUUGCUAUGAAGAAACCUUUCCAGUUCAGACUGCAGCAAAUGGUGCUUGAACUUAGCUCCUCCGAAUUGCUUGUUGCUUUACUAAGCUAGAGAAUUUUCAGUCCAAUGGAAAUGUGUUUUAUUUUUAAGGACGCUGCCACAGCAAGACUUUAUUAGUUUCGAUUCAUAGAGGGCCAGCUGAGAGCUGCUGUUGCAUAGUACAACUGAUUCCAUCGUUCAGUGACUGAUUGUAGUUUCUCAUACAGACCUGGAGAGAAGCUCCCUUCUUUCCAAGAUAUCACUGGCUUCUCAGAGCAAGCCUUGUCUCUGCU